AUGCUCUCGAAACAAGUGUCCUCCGUGCUGGUGCAAGCACUUCGCCGCUCUGCCGUCAGCGGAACCAAGGCCCUUGCCAUGCGCCGUGUUGGUGCGUCCACAUCGCCCGCAGUUUCGUUGGCGUGCCGCGCGUUUUCCCACUUGCGCUUGGAAACCGUCACGACGGCCACCCUCGUCCCAGAUGAAGACGACGAUGUGGACAAUGUUAUCGACGUUGACGACGCGACGACGACAACGUCCGGCUUUGUCGAUCAAAAGCCCUUGUCGGACUUUGACCUGUCGCCGCAAACGACCCAGAACCUCGAACGCGCAGGCAUCACACAUCUCUUCCCAGUCCAAGUCGAAUCGUUCUCGACCAUGAUGGAAGGCAAGGACAUCAUGGGUCGGUCCAAAACGGGCUCUGGGAAGACGCUGGCGUUUGCUCUGCCCAUCGUAGAACGUUUGCUGUCGACCCCUGCGACACAAAAAAGAGCUCCCCGCGCGAUUGCUAUGUUGCCGACGCGUGAACUUGCACAACAAGUCGCGGAUGAAUUCCGACGCAUUGCGCCGCAACUCCGCGUCGCCCUCGUUGUUGGUGGUGUGUCGUACAUCGGACAGGAGAACGAAUUGCGCCGCGGGAUCGACAUCUUGGUCGGGACGCCCGGCCGCGUUGUCGACAUGAUGGACAAGGGCAACUUGGACCUGUCCCACAUUGAAGUGAGCGUGUUGGACGAGGCCGACAUGAUGCUCAAGUUUGGUUUCCAAGAGGAAGUCGAAACGAUCCUCGGCGCCAUGCCCGACACCAAGCAAUGUGUCAUGUGGAGUGCCACAACGCCCCGAUGGGUCCACACAAUUGCCCGGCAGUACUUGAAAGAUCCCACGAUGAUCGAUCUUGUCGGCGAAGACAACUCGAAGCUCCCGGCCACCGUCUCGCACAAAGCCAUCAUGGUCACGCGCGACUCCAAGGACCACAUCCUGGAGAGUAUUCUCAACUUGUACUCGCAAGGCGGCCAAGCGCUCAUCUUUACCGAAACCAAGCAGGAGGCCGACGAACUCGUAUCGUUUCUUAGCGCCCGCGCCAAGGGCGUCCGUGUGUUGCACGGCGAUCUGUCGCAAAAUUUGCGCACGGCCACCAUGAAGGGAUUCCGCAAUGGCGACGUGCGCACGCUCAUCUGCACUGACAUUGCCGCGCGCGGCCUCGACAUUGCCAACGUCGACCUCGUCAUCCAGUACCGCCUGAGUAACGACCAAGAAAACUUUGUCCAUCGCGCGGGGCGCACGGGCCGAGCUGGCCGCAGCGGCGUCAACGUCGUGCUAUUUGAAUCGCGCGACAUUCGCGACGUGCGCGAUUUGGAAUCCAAGUUUGGGAUGACGUUCAACCACGCUGCCGCGCCGCUGCCGUCGCAAAUGCUGAAGCAUGCGAUGGCCACCGUCACCGACAAGCUCAACAACGUUGCGUUUGACGGCCGCAAGGCGUUUGAAGCCAUCGCCAAGGAGCUGCUCGCAAACGAAGACGAGCGGGUGCACGUUGUCAGUUCGGCGCUCGCUUUGCUCGCCGGAUUUGAUGCCAAGGGCCCCACCGUGUACUCGAUGCUGACCGCGCAGCCGCAUAUCCAAACGCUGAGCUUGGUGGGUGAUCGUUCGUGGAACGCGGACGCGAUUUCGUCGUUCCUUCAGGAAGUGCGCGUCACUGUGCCGUACUCGCGCGUCGUGCGCGGCGACAACAGCACGUUUUACUUUGAUGUGCCGCACAAGCACGUCGACACAGUACUGGAGCACGCCGAAACGAAGAACGUGGUGGUUGCCCCAGUCACGGAACUGCCCAAGAUCACUGUCGGCGGUGUCCAGCGCUCGUCCACUGGUCGGUCGCAGGGCAGUCGCUCCGGCUACGGAAGCAGCAACAAUUAUCGCUCGCGUGACUCCAACUACUCGAACGGCAGCCGCCCGUGGAGCAACUCGUCGAAUGGCCAUCGCCCCACCUACGGCAACUCGCGCUUCGACAGCGGGUUCUCUCGAGGUGGCAGCAGCUCGCCCCGCAGCAACUCGAGCAACGGCCAGCGCAGCUACGGCGGUCGCAAGUCGUCGUACGACAACAACCAGGGAUGGGGAGGGUACAGCAGCGGCAACUCGUCGCCCAAGGGCAAGUGGUUGUAG